AUGCCCACAGACAGACACCAUGCUAACAAUACUCGGCCGCUGAUGCCGACGCUGGCUUCCAACCGCACCGCCAAAACUCCCAAAACUCCACGACUCGCUCCCUCUUCAGCUUCUGCCCAAAGCAAUGCCAGCCAGACACGGCGACCAGACCGCAGCGAUGCACCGGGCUACACACCGAGAGACACUGUUCCACGAGACGACCUGUCCACGCCCGUUAAGGCCUUUCUAAACAACAAUAUCACACCCCGCUCUUCGUCGAGAAAAUCCCGCGUGGGGACAAACAGUACUCAAUCAACUCCCAGUGGCACUCCAUCAGGCACGCCUACGACUUCUCGGCCUGUAUCUACUACUGGCGGGCUCGAUACCAGGGGCCAGGGAAACGCACUCAAUGGGCUUGGCAUAUACGGCUCGUCUGGUUGUAGGCCGAAGAACCUGGUCAAUGGAGGCUCUGGGCCUCAAAAUGGAGCCCUCGCACGAUCGCCAGCCUCGUACGGUUCUGAUAGUAGCGGACCCCGCGAGAAUUCGCCCAUGUUCUUCCACGCCUUGGACUCGAGGUUGCAGGAUUCAAAUCCAGCCCAGAAAAAAUCGGCAGCUUUCUUCUAUGCGAACGGGAUAGAGGAUGAGCGUUCUCCUCGUCUUAGCAGAGGGCCGUCACCGCCGCUCUCUGCAAUUGAGAGAGCACGCUCACAGCCUCAGUCAGACAUCAAGAGUCACUCCCCGAUCCUCACGCCGCCUUUGACAACUGUUCCUGAAGCAACUUCGUAUCCAAACCCAGCACAUAACCUUCCUUCAUUACGACCACCAUCGCCGUCGAAGGAGAGUAUACACUUAUCAUACAGAAAAGGCGCUUCACAAGUGAUCCGCCCGUCCAUAUCUCAGAGACCUUCUGAGCUGUCCAUUCUGCCUGCCCAUUCAUAUUUAGGGAGCCCUGGUGUCCGAGAAUCUGACAAUGAGCGGGCCUCACGCCGAAGAUCCAGUGCUGAAUCGUCAUCAGUACGCAUCGGCCAUGCUAAAAGUGCAAGUCUUUCAUCUAUUGACUCUGGCACCCCAAUAAAGAAAGCAUUCCAAGCACAUAUCGACUCAGGCUCCUCGCCAUCGCCUAGUCCACUCCAAAGAGAGGCUGGAUCAGUGAGCAAUGGAUCUAGGCCAGAUAACAUGGUUUCUGGAUCCACGCCCCCCAGAGAAGACUUGUCCGGCUUCCCUCUAUCCUUGCCUCAGAGCCCUACAAAAUCAAACCUGGGCCAAAGCGCGCUCCAGCAUAUGAAUGAGCUUGCUGCAAAUGCACGGCGAGAGCGCAAAGUCCUAGACUUGGAGAUAAGCAAUUCAUCGCUACUCGCAAUCAACCGUCAACUAGAGCGCGAGGUCCGGAGACAGAAGGCCGAACUCCGUCGGUUCCGUAGGCUGAGCCGUGCCGGUCGCUUUUCAUCUGACACCAAUCGCUCAUCUUUGGGCGAAUUGUCGACAAUCGCCGACGAUGACAGUGACGCUUGUUCAGACACUCAAGAACAAGACCUUGUGGAAGAACAUGAGCAUAACGAAGAGGACACCAGUGAUUCAUCCUUCGACGAGGAGGCUCUCAGUCCUACCGCGCUUGCCGAUCGAGAUGCAUACUACAGAGAGAAAGACGAGAAAAGACUUCAGCUGGACCUUUCGAGGCAUCGCGAAUUGCUCGUAGACAGCCAGAAGAUGAACCAAAGCCUGAAACGAUGCUUGGGAUGGACCGAAGAGCUAAUCAAUGAGGGAAAGAAGGCACUUGAGUAUAAGGUUCGAGUCAGCGACGUCAAAUUGGGUGGGCGUGUCCUGAGCUCCGAGGAACAGGCGCAAACCGAGGCUGGCGAAGACAUCGUGCAGGGAGGGACUUUACUAAGUGCAUGGACACUACCGGAUCGAUCGGUAUCUGUAUCUGACCGCGUUUCAAUGUCAUCCAGCCGCACAGACAGAGACAGUGGCGUUGAGCUUGAAGGUUCAAACCAGACAGGAGAUUAUGGAUAUAAUAACCAGGGCGAUGUUUCAGCGAAUUCCGAGGCUGCCCUCGACCACGGCCAUUGAGGAGAAUCCCUGGAGGACGAAGAUUCAUACCGCAGAAUAAGUAGCUGCCAUAUACCCCUAUUUCUUUUGUGAUCAUAUUUUGGGAGGAAGGAUCCUGAAGGCGUUUGGAGAGCUGUUUGUCCAAGAGCGCAUCUUUACGGACUGGAAGGAGUUGGUGUCGACUGUUAAGUCUGGUUGUUCAAGUGUCGGCCGCAUCUCCUCCUAUCGUUCUUUUUUUUCCCUUAUAACGAAACGGCGCUAGGCCAACCAGGAUAGACUUUCCCAACUGCUGCCAAUUGUCCGCACUUGUAUUAUAUAUAGGAGAUACCCUAAGAAUUCCCAUCUGUUUACUUAUUUAAAAACAUGCACUU